UCAUGCUGCUGCUCUUGUGCUUCUUCGCCUUCCUCCACUGCUGGCUCAACCUCUUCGGGGAGCUUCUUCGCUUCGCUGACAGAAUGUUCUACAAGGACUGGUGGAACUCGACAUCUUUUACCAACUACUAUCGCACCUGGAAUGUUGUGGUGCACGACUGGCUCUAUUACUACGGCUACAGGGACUUCCUCUGGCUGUCAAAAAGAAAAUUCCGCACAGCCGCCAUGUUGUCCGUCUUUGUGGUGUCUGCCAUUGUGCACGAGUACGCCUUGGCUAUGGGCUUUGGCUUCUUCUACCCUGUCAUGUUCUUCCUCUUUGCCAUCUUUGGAGUGGUGUUCAACUUUACCAUGAACGACAAGCGACAGAACCCCGUGUUCAACAUCAUCAUGUGGGCGUGUCUCUUCCUGGGUCAAGGUGUGCAGGUGUGCCUCUACUGUCAGGAGUGGUAUGCCCAGAUACGAUGUCCUCGCACCGGGUCACGUCCGUUGUGUCCUUGGGCAAGACACUUCACCCUUGCUCCUGAUGGCUGCUGGUUAGCGCCUUGCAUGGCAGCUCCCUCCAUCAGUGUGUGAAUGUGUGUGUGAAUGGGUGAAUGUGGAAAUAGUGUCAAAGCGCUUUGAGUACCUUGAAGGUAGAAAAGCGCUAUACAAGUAUAACCCAUUUAUCAUUUAUUGUUGCAGUGCUUGGAUUUAGAAUAUUUUCUUCCCAUAGAAAACAAUGUCAAUGAAUGAAUCUGUUCCAGGGUGAAACAGUCACCAUCAUAGUAUUCAUGUUUCAAGCAACAUUCAAGUGUAAAAAGAAGUUAAGCACUGUGCAUAUGAAGACAUGUAAACAACAAAACAUUACACUUAAGAAUAAGUCAACCUUGACUGUUCCUGGAGGUCAGUCCCUUCACAUGUGUCAUUAUUGUCACUUAAACGGUAUUGUACUUAGCAGUCAGGACAAUAUAUACUAUCAUUAGUAGGGGUGCACACAAAACAAUCAUUUUGCAUCCGAAUUGCCGUUCUUAU